UUUCUAUUUAUACCCGUUAGUACCGAAAAAAAUUGUUCAAGAAUAGCGUAAAAUUGUUGUGAUUACCGACGCACAUAACACCGUUUAAUUUUGAUCUGUAUCAGCGUUUGUACAAUCAAUCCGGCGUCAUUAUUACAAUAUGGAAAAGGUUUUUAUAGUGUUUUCCCUGCUGAUCGGUGUGUGCUGGUCGCAGUCGGACAGCAACAGCACGAACGGUAAAUAUGUUUUUGAUAUGUAUUUAAAUACUCCGCCUCUGGAUCCGGAUGGUGUUGUUGACAUUCUGAUUGCUGCCAAACCGGGCGAGACAUUUCCGCUACUGCACAGUGUACCCAAUACCGGAUUCAGUUGUGGUCAAUUCAAGUAUCCGGGAUAUUAUGCCGAUACAUCACCGGGAUCACGGUGUCAGGCUUUUUACCGGUGUGAAAUCAAUGGCAACCAGACUGGAUUCCUAUGCCCGAAUUCCACACUGUUCAAUCAGCUGACCUUAACGUGCGAUUAUUAUUUUAAUGUGGAUUGCAACGGAUCAAGCCGCUUCUAUGAAUUUGGCAAUUCCCGUCUGUAUCACGGCGAGCAGCCGCUAUUUGACACUCCACCUAAAGGUUACAUUUCCGCGCUAAGUGGCCUGCCCCAGUCCAGCGGGGACACGGGUGGCCCCGCCGGGAGCAGUGCACCCGGUAAUAACGAUGCUAAUGAUCUACAGCCCGCAUCCGCCAGCAGUAGCCGGGAUGCACGAUUGCUCAAUACCGGCAACACGGCUGUUAGCCAAAAUACAGCCCCAGCGCAGAGCGGAAGUAAUACACAACCUGGAAAACCCAGUGCCAACGCCGCAGCGAAAUCGGCUAGAUAAAACUUUAUACACAUAAAAUUUUUCUGUGUCGUAAUAGUAUACUGUACCGGUAAAAAUUGUCUCCGGUAAUGUAUGCAGUUGGUUACGCAAUAUUACCCGGCUGGUGAUUGUCCUCUUGUGCAUGCGCCGAGCGAAUGGGUUUUUGUACUCUCCUUUUACCUGCUCUUCCCUAAAGAAUUGGUUAGACCAUUGAAAGUGUUCCUUCGAUAAGUAUAGUCUCGAGUGUUUGCUUGGUAUGGUGGAAAUUUAUACUCGUUACACACUGUUAACUGAAUGCGACAAAUUGUUCACCAUACGUUUUUCUCCCACUUUACGCUCCC